ACGUUCUCGUCUGCCAUUUUUCAUCCAUUUCACGAAGGCGUCUUUUUUUUAAACCGUGCCGCUCGAUGGAUUUGGAAUAGUAUUAAUGAUAAGCACCGAGUAACGGUUUCCGCAGGAAUUUUUAAUCAUUUUCGAGGAAUUUUAAUUACGUUUACGAGAAAAUAGAGCAAUGAAAGUGACGCGGUGCGACGCAGUUAUUUUCAUAUCGUUUUUCUUGAAGCGGGGAAUGAUGUAAAUCACUUUCCGUUCAUGUUGGCUGAGUUCGAAAGGAAAGUGUCUUAUCAUAAUUCCUUUUUUGCUCUUGAAAAAUUAAUCUGAUCAACUCGUAUUCAGUGACAUUUUUUUUCAAACCUCUGAUUUUUCGAAAUUUCUCACUGGAGGAUGUAAUUUAAUAAACUCUGAAGUAGGAAAAUGUAUGUGGCGGAAAAUGGCUGAAAAUCCCGGUGAUCGAAAAGAUGUCCCGAGAGGGUUUUGGAAUCAAUCAUUUCACUAUUGGCUUCAGCGCUUCAAAGAAAAGGGCGGCAGUUCGCAAGAGCAGCCCAGAAGGCGGUCGACGGACAGUUCGAAUUCCCCGGCGCCGACGAGACGGUCCAGCAGUCGCCAACAGAUGCCGCCUCCGCCGGUGACUCCGACAUUGACGUCGAAGCAACCCGAUUACGGAAGCCUGGACAGGGUUGUUCGUCGCAAGGACAAGACCACAGUCAUCUCUGUGAGACCCGUGGCUCAUCAGCCGCCUCAACAACAGCCGUCUUUCGACUUUUGCUCUAGUCUGGAUCGUCGGAAGCGGUCGUUGGAGCAGUUUGGAGAGCCGUUGAAAGCCAGUUCUCCGAUCCAAAGGCGUCCCACCACUGCCGGCAGUUCGUCCAGCAAAUCAAGGUUGAACGAAAGCAGUGAUGCGGGGAUUGAUCCCAGGAAGAUUCAACAAGACGGGGAUGAAUACAAGAUCGUUUUCAUCUCCUCGGAUUCCAGUCGAGAUUCGGAAUUCAACACGUCGGUGGAUGAAGAAAAUGCCAAAAGUCAACACAGUCAUAGUCUGAAUUCGAUCGGAGGGGCCGUGCAACCUCUCAAAUAG